UGUCUCUAUAUAAAAGCCAGGUAUUUUUUUUCUGUUUGUACACCAGGUAGCACAAUGGAGUUCUCGUCCAUAAAUGCUACAGUAAUACAAAUAAUAAUACAUCAGGAAGAAGCUGAACAGGGCACAAGCCCCUUUUCAGAUCACCUUUAAAUAAGAGUAAUUCAUAUACAAAGAAAGAUAAGUGGGGUGUUCAUGUUUGAGGAGCUGCACCAAAUUCAUAAUUCAUUAAGUAACAUGUUUGUGGACAUAUGUUUGUGUGUUUCUGAACUAUAUUUGGAUGUACUGGCUAUAAAAAGCCCUCAGUGCAAAGUGACCUUUAGCAGAAGUCAGAUCUCCUGUCCGUGCUGUUGCUGACUGCCCACGAGAGAAGAUCCAAGCCUAUUAAAAUUGCAUUUCUUCUCUUCUUGUUCCCCAUGAGGAUGACUAAAGAGGCCAUAUCUCUGCACUCCCUGAAUGAGACAUUAAACAGGGUGGAAAACAGGCUGCAGACAGUGGAGACUCAGUUCAAAGAGCUGAACUCUGCCAUGGAGAAACUGACACAGAAACUGCAGUUUCAGGAUAAAACCCUGGAGAAGCAGAUGGGCGAGGAUGAGUUGUGGAUAUCCUUGCUGGAGGGCAGGUUCACUUCAGUGGAGAUAAAUCUUUUCUACAGCUAUGUCAGUGAAAUGCUUUGCUGCUUGCAUUCCUGUGUCAGAGUGAAGCUGCCAGAUCUGGCGGGAAGCCUCCCCACAUUAGCCUCUGUCAUGAGGCGCAAAGGCAAGAACCAGAGAAUUAGACUGGUGUGGGAAGCAGUGCUGGAGAUGCUGGGGCUGCAAGAAGGAGAUAUCUUAGCUCUAUGCACCUUUUUCAUCAUACAUUGCUCUGAAGCACAGUAUUACCCAGCUAACCAGAGGCGAAAGUACACCAGUGAUAUCAGCACGAUGAUAACCAAGGUGGUGAAGAACCAGAUCCUUCGAGAGAGCCUGCUGUGUGCUGUCCAGGUGGUAGAGAAUGGCAGAGCACAGAGGGAUCCAAAAAAGAUAAUAACCCUUGUCCAAAAAUAACUUAUGUGGCAGAUUUCUUAAACUCCCUUACCCACUUAGGACAAACAAGCUUACAACCUAAACAGGUUCCUAUAUAAAGACGCAAUUACAUACCUGUGCAUGUGUAUAUCAACACACAGAUCCAUAUGUACAAAUGCU